AUUUAACACUGUACUGUAUAUUUCAGUCACUUGCAGUAUAGAUGUCCUUGAGUGGGGAGGAGCAAGAGCUGCACUGUGUCUUGAGUUGGUUUACUAACUGGGAAGACCAACAGAAAGAACAGUUCCUCUCUGUUCUGGUAGAGAAGGCUGUACCCCCUGAUAUAGAUCAGCUGUUCCAAGUAAAGUUGUUCCAUGAUUGGUUUGGCACUUGGGCAGAAAAUGAACGGAAUCGUCUUCUGGAGCAUUUACGUGACAUUGAUCCUGACUUCAUGUCGCAAUUUGACAAGAAGGCUGGUGGUGAAACAUGCCAAGAAGAUGCACUUUCUCCAGGUGAAUGUGUAGAGGAAGGUCACAAUGCAUCCAGUUCAGCUAGUUCUCCUCCAAGCACACUUCCUCGAUCACACAGUCCUCAUGACUCAGGGCUAGAUGAACCCCCAAAUGAUAGUGAUCACACUGAGCCACACAGCAUAGACUCUUGCCAUGAUGCUGAAAAUGUAGUGUCAUCCAAUUUCUUGUUGGUGAAUGAUGCUGUGCCAAGUGCAGCAAAAUCUGUUUCAAGUUGCACUCGACAGAGUGCUUACAGUCAGCAAGAUGAAUCCAUAAGAAUUGUCAGUGGUUUCCCUGAGCUUGUAAAGACACUUUCAACACCACAAGACAUCACUAAUGCACCAAAAACACAGCAAACACUUGCACACCACUAAUUUGUUUGCAAAGUUUUUUAAAUUAUAAAUAAUAUUUUCAGCUUAAGGUUGUUAUUAUGCCGCUCCUACAUAACACUAAAUCUCUUGAAAUUCUGCAUACAACUCAUUUAUUUACUUAUUAAUAGUAAAACUGUUUUUUAUAAUUAAUAUGUGAUGACUCUGUAUAUUUUAUGUCAUGUACAUUGAUGACUUUAUCCAAAUCUAUUACAGUAUUUCAUUUGUAAAAUUACUUUAAAAUUUAUAAUAAUAUAACAUUAAUUUACUAGUGUUUAAAAGUAUUAUCAAAUAAUUUUACAACAAUAACACUGAAACAAGAUUCUUAAUAUUAUGUUAAUGUUCCUCAAUUUCUUCUUUACAGUAGUUUUUUACAUUCAGUAUAUAGGGACCAAACCACUUUAUCAAGGUUGAAUAUUAUUAGUCCAAUCAAAACCAAACACUAAACUUAAGGUUGAAUAAAUAUUCACUAUAUAUAGGGACCAGGUUGAAUAGGUACUCAACAUAUAAGAACCAGACCAAUUCUGCAAGAACAUUAUGUACUCAUGCAGGAAGCAGACUGCUCCAGAAAGAGUAAAUAGGUAUUCAAUGUACAGGGACCAAACUACUGUAGUAUAAUAUUUAUGAAUCAGCCCAUUAUACAUUAUAAUACUGUACAUUACAUUUAACAGCAGCUCCCAGGCUAGAAUUUUAACACUUAUUAAUAAUAAUUAUUAUUAUUAUUGUUGCUUUUGUAUUACUAUUACUGUUAUUAUUACAUGUAUAUUAAGAAGCAAGAAUUAAAUCUGAAUGGAUCAUACAA